AUGGGCUUGUCAACGCAGUCUGCUGCAAAUCUCGCUGAGCAGUGCGUCAAACGAUUUGACCAGACUCUUGAGAUACCAAGUCUCGCGAAAAACCAAUGGGCCGAAAAUCGACGAGCAGACUUCAGCCUUUUGGUAGAUGGUGUUGGAGCACGGGCGAGGCAGCACGCCUCUCUCGAUAGCAGACUCGAAUCAAGAGAACAUGAGUUAGCUCUCAUUAAGACCAUUUUCCUGAAUUUGAAAAGCUAUCUAGGACGUUGUCUGACAGCCGUAGAGGAAGAGCCGUUAAAAGUAGCAAAGCAGGAUGUUGACGCCGCCAUCGACAACCUGGCUCUAAUUGCCGUGGCAAUUCGCCAGGCUGGAAAAAGAUCUCGGCUUUCGAAGGCUGACAGGUCCUUUGAUCGUGCUACUCUGGUAGAACUCGAGAUACAUCUGACAUGCAUGGCUUUGCUCAGAAGAACUUCGUUCAAGGAAGAGUUCCCAACGUACCAUGAGGACGACGCUCCCAGUGUAUCUGGUGAAAAGCCGACAGAGCACCUGGAGCAGCAUAAGGCCACCCCUGACUGGUGGCGGAGCGAGAUUGACGGUGAAAUUACUCCUCUGCAAGACCGAUUGAUCGAGGCCAAUCUUCGGAGACGAAACCGUUUCCUCUACGCUCAAAGACACUCCAGGAAGCUUGCAAUCCCACAAGCGCCGGCAAAGGAACCGGUUGCUGUUCUAGUUGUUCCUGAUAGAGAAGAUAUUCCGUCUCCGAAACAGAUUGGAGUCACACAUCGUCAAGUGCCGAAUAAUGACCUUCAGGAGACGGAAAAUUUCCCGGCAUUGGCACCAACGUCUUUAACACACGCAUCUGAAGUCGACAGCAACUUCAAUUUAGAAGAGCCAAAGAUCGCUUUUCAGGUGUCCAAGACGCAGAUAACUUCCAUCACUGGGGCAACUGAGUAUCCCAAGCUUCGGAAACCACCGGUGGGACAGUCGGGUGAGCUUGACAUUGAGCAAAUGAAGAUACAAAAAUGUCCUUGCUGUUGCGAGGCCCUACCGCGCGCAGCAAUCGCCUCUAAGAAUGCCUGGAAAAAACACCUCUCUGGCGACGUUCGCCCGUACACUUGUAUUUCUGACAACUGCCCAUCGCCAUUUGCCUUGCACUCGACACGAGCAGAAUGGGAAGAUCACAUGAAAAAAGAGCAUCCGAAGAAGUGGAAAUGCCAACUUUGUGAUAGUACUGAUAGCUCCCUGUUCUCUAAAGUCGACGAGUUGGUUGAGCAUGUGAGACGAAAACACACGGAUUCGUUCUUGGAGGAAGAUCUGGAGGCGGUGCAGCUCUAG